GAGAACAGCCGCAGCACGUCUGGGGUGUGAAUAAUCUACAGCGUCGCUUCUGCUAAGUUGUUAAAAAAACACGAAAAUUAAUGUCACAGCUGGAUGAGACAAACGUGGACGACUUCUGCUGAGGAUUUCCUGUCGUUAUGGUUGUGUUUUCCCUCUGUUUACUGAGCCAGCAGCAGUCCUGAAGAAAAGGCUGUUAGCAUCUGUCCACCGAGCCGCAGGUGACAACACAGAAUUAGACCUCCUGCCCCGCACUUGGCAGAGAUGAGCUGGGCUGCUGGUACACAGUGUGUCGCCAAGGGAGACCACAGGAAGCCCAAACCUGGGGAACUGGCGUACCACAAAGGAGACAUCCUCACUAUUGUUGGCACGAGCAUGAAGAAAGGAUACUACGAGGCCAGGCACAACACCACAGGAGAAGAAGGACUCGUUAACGCCACUAAUGUGCGUGAGAGAGAAGCUCUGCGUGUGGAUCCCAGCCUCAGCCUCAUGCCCUGGUUUCAUGGUAAGAUCUCCGGCCCAGAGGCAGUGUCUAAGCUGCAGCCGGCCGAGGAUGGCCUGUUCCUGGUGCGAGAGUCCAUCCGCCAUCCUGGUGACUACGUCCUGUGCGUCAGUGUCUCCAGAGAGGUCAUCCACUACCGAGUGAUUUAUCAGGACAACAAGCUGACCAUCGACAACGUGGAGUAUUUCUACAACCUUAUUGACAUGAUAGAGUUCUAUUCAAAGAACAAAGGCUCCAUUGCUACGACUCUUCUGAAGCCCAAACAAAAACAUGGAACCAAGUCAGCUGAGUUGGAGCUGUCUAAAGCUGGAUGGUUGCUGGACAUCACGAAGCUCAAACUAGGAGAGAAUAUUGGAGAAGGGGAGUUUGGCGCUGUUUAUGAAGGGGACUAUAUGGGCCAGAGGGUGGCAGUAAAGAUCAUUAAAUGUGAUGUCACAGCUCAGGCCUUCCUGCAGGAGACCACCGUAAUGACGAAGCUCCAGCAUAAAAACCUGGUGCGAUUGUUUGGGGUCAUCCUUCACAAAGGGCUUCACAUCGUCACAGAGCUCAUGACUAAGGGAAAUCUUGUGAACUUUCUCAGGACAAGAGGACGUUCAGUUUUAAACUCUGUCCAGCUGCUUCGCUUUGCACUUGAUGUGUGUGAGGGGAUGGAGUACCUGGAGUCUAAAAAGCUGGUUCACAGAGACUUAGCAGCUCGUAACAUCCUCAUCUCUGACGACAGUGUGGCCAAGGUCAGCGACUUUGGCCUGACGAAGGACUUGAAGAUGUCAGAUAACGCCAAACUGCCGGUAAAAUGGACCGCCCCCGAAGCUCUAAAGAAAGAGAAAUUCUCCACCAAGUCAGAUGUUUGGAGUUACGGUGUUCUUCUGUGGGAGAUCUUCUCUUAUGGUCGUCAACCCUACCCUAAGAUGUCUCUUCAGGAGGUGAAGGAGAAAGUGGAGGUGGGCUAUCGCAUGGAGGCUCCAGAGGACUGUCCUGCUGGCGUUUAUUCCCUGAUGAGGAUUUGCUGGGAGCAGGAGCCACGCAAAAGGCCUCCUUUCCACAAACUGAGGGAGAAACUCGAACGAGAGACGGGUAAACACAGCCCGGGCCUCAGGAUCAGGCCUGGAUACUGAUAGCAGUUGAGAAUCUCAAACUGAAAGAGUGUUUGCUCUUGGACAGUUUAUCCACAUAUUGUUCCCCCUAAAGCACUCGGCACCACACGAGGGGUAAACGUUCUCUUACACUUAACACUUCCAGCAGGAUUCCUCUAAACCAGCUGAUGUGACGAUGAUCAUGUGACUCUGGGCAUCAUGUGAUGCCCGUGUGCAAUUCAUGGCUGGAUCCAUGAAUAUACUGAACUUUAUUGUGAUUGAGCUAAACCAAACUGGAUGAAAUAGACUGUGGCAUCAUCACUUUCAAAAUCUGAUUUUUUUUCUACUUCUUGAAAGAUGACGUGGCUCUUAAAUUGAACUCAGCUUAUUAAAAUAUUAAAAAAAAAACAUUUCAAAUCAACUCAUAGAAGAAUGUAUAGCUACUACUUGUGAAGUCUGUUGACACUAUGCUUGCAGUGCCAUACAGGGUCGCAGGGGGCUGGAGCCUGUUCCAGCAUAUCCCAGCAUGCAUUAGCUGAGAGGUAUGAUGCACCCUGGACAGGUUGCCAGUUUGUCACACAUUAGAUUAGGAAUCUAUAACAGUUAUUUGUCUUAAAAAAGGAAACUUGGCCUUUGUCCGUUAGUUAUGGUCAGCGUGCUUGAGGUGGACUUUGAUUCAAUUCGUUCAAAUUUUAAUUUCAAGAUUAAAUCUAUGUGUAAUAUGGCAUUUAUUACUACUUUUUCUACCAUCUUUACAAGGAUUUUGAGAUUAAAUGAGCGACUUUGUGUUAUCCACCGUCCUCAUGGGAUCUUCUGCUUUUUGCAGGUACAGAAUGACUUUCCUAAUCUUUGGAUAUAAAAGCUCUCAGACCACAGAUGUUUGUUUUAGAUACAUAAGUAUUCUAUUUAUUACAGUACAUAUACCACAUGUUUCUACUGUGUGUGAUUAUGUGAUUAUCAGCUGCUUUUUUAAGUAGAAAUGCAAUAAAAUGUUAAUCUGUUUAAUAAUAGUAAAAUAUUUUCACUUCAAAACCCAAAGAUGAAGCCUCUUUUUUUGUUGUCACGAUAUUAGACCAAAUUGAAGAUGUUAUUAGAUUUAAGUCGCUGUAAGCCCGGUAUUUGUCUCUCUCCCAGGAGAUGGACCCCAAAUUGAGGCUUGAUCCUCUGUCUCGUGUUAUCGUACAGUGCGAGCGAGGGUCCUCCCCGAUUUGUUCAAUCUGCUCUGUGUUUUCCAGAAGCUCUCUAAUGGGAUAAGC